AUGCAUUUUGAAGAACUGGAGGCAUUGGAUCCUCGAAAUCCAACGGUGGCAAGGAUUGAGAUGCCGACACCACACAAAGUCUCUGUGUUGAUAUUAGUUCAACAGUAUAUAAAGGCCAAAAAAGCUGCCACCGACACUGGUCUAUUUUAUCCCAACAAAUAUCGGCGGAACUUUUGCAUGUUGCUGUUGAAACUAAUACAAUAUCCCGAUAUGACCUAUAAUGAUCUGUAUCAGUUGUUGUGUUCGCCAAAAUUCAAAAUAGAUCCAGUACAUUUGGAGGGCUUUGAAAAGGUAAUGACCGACGUCUUCUCGGUGGGCAUUGAAACAUUAUUUGAUUUUGCCGAAAUGGAUAAUAUUGAAAAAAUGUUGGCCGAACAGUUGGGCGUUAGUCAAUAUAGUUUGAUUGGAUUGUAUAUACGGAGAGUUGGAGUGAUCCUGGAACGGUUAUCAUUUCCGGAAAUGAUGGCACUACAUAAAAACAUAUGUUUGUAUUAUGAAAAAGGUGUACGAUCACUAACAUUGGGACCACGUAAACCACAUUGUGGUCUACCCUCUGCAACAAGUACCACGGCAACCAAUAUUACAGAUGACGAUGAAAAUACCAUAGAAGAAUCUGUAUUGGACACCGAGACGGUUCAUCAAGAUCGUAAUCCACACAGCAAAUGGUCACCCAAGCAAGCCCAUUUAUUUGUCAGCCAACAAUGUAAUCUCUUGGAGAAAAAUGAAUUACGAGCUCUACCACCAAUUGAAAUGCAAACAAAACUAAAUGAAAUCAUACAGGAUAAUCCUCUGAAUGCCAAGGCAUACUUUUUGGGCUAUAUGAAUCAGUUGCGAUUGCGUGAUGUAUUUGGUGCAUUGGAUGCUUUACAUCGAUCCUUUGAUCGCAGCCCCAAUAUGAUAACACAAAAUGAUCAAAAAGGUUUUCAAUAUUUCAGUGUAAAUCUAGCCAUUUUACAUGCCACAUUCAAUCACAAGAAGGAGGCGUUAAAUGCCCUCAAAGAAUGCAUCAUGUUAGCUCAGGAAUGUGGCGACAAACGUUGUCUCGAUUUGGCUAAUUCAUGGUAUUGUCUAUUGAAUAGCAGUCGUAUAGGGCCAUUUGAAAAGAGCCUUCCAGACAUUCAAGACCCAGGACUCAUUCAAAGCCUGUCGUUGGCCAUUGAGUUUGUGGUGGCAUUUGGGGCCAAAUGUGGUUUCUUACCAUUGGAUUUGUUUGAACUAUUGCUAAAGAGUGAUGAGUUGAAUAACAAAAAUACUCUGCUAGAACAUGUUUCAGACUCAUUGGCCUUACGUUCAACACUGUGGGUUCUCUAUGGACGCUAUGAAAUGUCAGCUUUAUACUCACAGUUAUUAUUGAAUCUCAAGAAAACAUGGGUCUUUGGCGAUGUUAGUAACUCGGAGAGUGUUAGUAAGGUGCUUGCCAACCUUGCUUUGUGGUUUAAUGCACAGGGAGAACAUCAGCUAAGUGCUGUAUUGCUAUACCAUGCGCGUACCAGAUUCCCCCGUCAUCCCUUUGCCGCUGAUUGGAUGACCAGUGAAUGUCAUAUUUCCAUACAACAGGCGAUCUAUCGUGGCCGCUGGCAGGAUGCUUUACGUUGGUGCUGUCAAUUAUAUUUGCUGGACAAACAUGAUGGCAACAUACAAAGGGCUAUUGUAUAUAUUUCGAAAAGUUACAACAACACGGCGCGUAAGAUUUUACAACAUUUACUGCAAGACAACGAACUCGAUGCGCUGCGACAAGUUCGUGUCCUCACUCUUUUGGCCUGUAAUAGCCUGAAUGAAAACAAUGUUUCAUCGGAUACUAUUGACUUGCUAAUGCGGGCAUCUGUGAUAUCAGAAUCAUCGUAUAUGCAAUACGAACAUGCUAUGGUCGAUGUAAUAAUGGCUCAAGUUCUAUUGCAAAUGGGCUUGCCCCAAAAAGCCCUGCAAGCUUUACGAAAUUCCAUUGAAACAAUUUACACCAACGGAGGUAUUUAUGAUCGUGCAAAAACUGAUUUUAUUUUUGCCCGUUGUCAAGUUGCUGCUGGUCGAGAUCGUGAACAACAACAUAAACAUCUCUUGAAAUCUUUGCCCGUUUUGGAAAGAGCCAUUGAAUCGUUUCGUAAAUUGGAGGCACAUGCUAAGGUAUUGGAUGUUUUAGUUUAUAUAUCGAAGACAUUUAAUACGUUCGGUUUUAUUGCCGAACGUAAUAAGUAUGCGUGUAAAUUUAAACAAUACUAUACGGAGAAUCCUGUGCCGCGUGAAUAUUUAGGCAUGGCAUAUUGA